UCGAGGAGCAUUUCGCGCCCCAAGAGCCCUAAAUCACCAAGAGUUGUCGGAUGCGAUCUUCGUUGUUUACUCUGCAUCGUCGGAGUCUUGGGUCAGAUGCGAUCUCUGGGUUAGAGAGUUCAAUUUCGCUUUUUGUUUGUUCUAAAGCCCUAAUUCUCAGAAGAACUGAAGAAGAUGGAAAUGGAGGGGUUAUCGGUCAUCUGCGCUGAUCUCGGUUUCUUCGAGAUUGAUGGAAGUGGAAAAAGAAUUGGGUACUUGAAGAGCGACUACUGUCUCGAUAAUCUGAAGGAUUUGCUGAGAUUUUUGAGACGCGACGAUCCGCAAACGAGGGAGGUUUUCAAGCAGGUCUGUGCGUGGAAUACAGUUUCAGAGCAUUUGAUACCUAUCAUCGAGCAGUACCCAGACGAUCGUAACUUAGUUCUAAACGCAGUUAAGGUAUUAGUGUUUCUUACGAUGCCUAUAGAGCCUUCAUCAAGUGACAUUCCUCGGCAGAUAGAGUUUCUAUGGGGCUUAAAGUCUGCAAUUACUUACAGUAAAAUUGUAGCAGUGAUUGUGACUUUGCUUGAAAACCCCCUCGAGAACUUAGAAUUGAAUUCGCUCACGGAGGAAGAUUGGAAAUUGGUACAGCUCGUUCUCACCUUAUUCCGGAAUUUACUGGCUAUCCACGAUAUUUCCUCGCUUCAAAAGGCCGGAGAAUCUGCUUGUCACCUUUUGUCGCUGAGAGAUCGGUUUCUUGAACUUCUGUUCAGUGAAAACGUGAUGGAUGUAUUUAUAGUGAUUACUCAGACUAUUGAUGGUUCUAGCAGCUUACUAAGACAUGAUAACCUACUUCUGUUAGAAAUUUUUCACUAUAUUUUUAUUGGUCAAGACCCGGAGCUCAUAACUGAGGCCCCUGAAAAGGAAGGUGAAGCAAAAAAAACCUCUGCUGACAGUUUAAAGACCUUAAUGGAAGAGGAACAGGUUAAAAGCAAGCUUAGGAGACUCCACAAUAUGAGUCGGCAUUCACAAUUUAGCGGGACAUUCACCCGUGUUGCUGUGGAUGGUUCUAAAGCUGUAUUAAAGGGAAUUCCUUCAACUACGGACAGUACUGUCCUAAAGCCUACCCUAGGUCGUGGAGCAGCAGAAAAGAUCGUUUGGGAACAUGGGCGAAUAUCUUUGGCAAAGGACAGUAUUUUGAAGUUGCUGCAUGAUUUCAUCAAUCAGUUUAUGACAGGAGGAUAUAAUGUUCUGAUGCAGUCGAUACUCGACGAUAUUGAGAAGGAGCAUCACUCAAUACAAAGUAGCGACAUUGUCGUGUUCUUCCAGGUUGCUCAGUUCAUUACCUCUUUCCAGUGUUGCAAGUCUUUGGCUUCUAAACCAGCUACAGGAAAGAAAGAAACUUCUGAACUUUCGGCAAAUGAGAAUGCUGAAGGAAACUUUUCCAAGAGUGACAUUUGUGGACCAAUUGCAGCAACAAUCAAUGAACAAAUGUUUUCUCUUGUCAUUUCAAAAUGGCGCUAUGCAUUCGAGGGUCUCAAGGAAACAAAUGAUUUCAAGUUUCUAUCUGCUGCAGGCUCUCUCGUCAGAACCAUGCUUUGCAUGUUAGAUCUGGUGACUAAAUUGCUUCCAGAUGAUUCCAGAGAGGCUUUCACUGUUCGCAUUUUGCUUUACAAGUUGUUUUAUGAUCAAACGGAUCAAGGGAUGUGCCAGUUCAUCUUGAAUCUGGUAAAAACUUUUGACAAACACAAGCAACCUAAAAGUGAUCUUGCGGAUCUGGUUGAAAGCAUCCAUGUAAUAGUAGGCCUCAUGGAAAACCUUCAAGGGGGUGGCACACUGAGGGUUUCCAAAAAAUCGAGGAAAGCAAGAAAGAAAAGGACAAUGGGCGAUAAGAAAGAUACCGUGCAUGAAGAAAAUCAUCCAGGUAGUUCAAAUGAGGCUAGCAUGGAAAAUGGUGACCAGAUGGCUGUUUUGGCCGUUUCAACGAAAGAUGGACCAAUAAAUGUGUCCACCUUAGAGAUUGAAAACAGUGAUAAACCAUCAUCAAAUCACGUGGUUGAUGAUCUUACUUGUGGUACCGAUGAUUCUUCUGAUGACGAAGAGCCAACUGCAAAAGAUGAAGUUGAUUUUAAGGUUUCCACAUUUAUUUCUGCAUUCGCAAGCAGCAGCAUCAUUCAAAACCUAUGCUGGUUGCUUAAGUUCUACAAGAACAACUCCAAACAGACAAACCAUCACAUCGUAAGCAUGUUGCGGAGGAUAACAGAAGAUCUGGAGCUCUCCCCUAUGUUGUAUCAGCUUUCACUGCUAAUAAUAUUCUAUAAGAUCCUGGACGAGCAGAGAGCUUGUCCCUGCAAAGACUACGAAGAUAUUGUUACCUUCUUGACAGAUUUGGUAAGGAAAAUGUUGAAAAAAAUGAAGACGCAGCCUCUUCUCUUUGUGGAAAUCCUCUUCUGGAAGACUCGCAAAGAAUGCCAUUACAUCAAUGCCGAAUAUUUAUUGCAUGAACUUGGUCAUAUGAGAAAACAAAAAGGAAAUCAAGAAAAUGUCUCAGGAAAUGCUGAAAACAGUUCGCCGCAAGGCUGGGCUCAUCGAAGCAUAGCAGAUGCGUUAGGUGAUGAUGAAGCUGAUGUUGCUAUUUAUCAUGAUCUGGGAUUCCAAAAUGAGGAGGAUGUGGAGAAUGAAUCUGCAGGACCAUCUCAAAGAAAGAGAAGACUUGUCCUUGAUGAUGAAACGGAGACAAAAAUUAAAGAGUUAUAUGACAAGUUCAAAGAUGCUAAGAAUUGCAGCCAGCUUAUUGCCCAAUCCCUGGAUCCUGAUGGUAGAGUCUCUGCUGCCCAAAUAACAAACAAGCUUAAGCAGUUAGGACUGUUAGCAAGGAAAAGGAUACGACAUAGUAAAAGCUCUCUCGAAGAAACUCAAGCAAAAAAUGGAAACGACGAUUCAAACCAGGUGGAGGCAACAUCAUUUGAUCAACCUUCGAACACCAGAAAAAGGGUGAGUUCUUUUAGCAAAGAACAAGAGACCCUGAUCAAGGAACUGUACGAAAAGUUCAAGGACCAAAGACGAUGCUGCUAUCUUAUUGCCAAUGCUUUGGGUUCUGAAAAUACAUCUACCACUGCCCAAAUUUCACGUAAACUGAAGCAACUCGGCCUACGUCUUCCUCGCCAGAAGAAGGCUAAAGGUGACAUGGUGCUGAGGGAUGAAGACCACGAUGACAAUUCUUCGGAGAGGACAGAUGGAUCUGACAAUGAAACAUUACAAGCACUCAGGAACAGGAUGAACAGAAGAAGUCAGAAGAGUGGGAAGCUUGCAGGAUCGGAUGAGAUUUCACGGGAAGAUGGCACGGAAAUGGAACGUGCCAGAGACACCGAAGAAGAAAUCAACCACGAUCCAUGGGAAAACAAAGGAAAUCAAAAGGAUGCUCCCAGUUCUUCAUCUCCAGAAGAUCUAAAUCAUCGGGUGGAUGGUGAUGGUGAUGGUGGUGGUGGUGAUGAUGAUGAUGAUGAGUUUGCAGAUUAUGAUGGUGACAUAGCGCCUAAUGUGUCCCUAACGCAAAGUCCGCUCAGCAGAAGAAAACUGAAAAUGGUUGUGGACGACGACGAUGAUGACUGACUGAGAUAGAUAAAAACAGGCACCUGAAUCUAUGGGUUUCCAGAACAGUUCCUCUGUUAACCAGUUGGAGUUCCAAACCUUUGGUUUGGUUACUCCAACAACCUCGGAAGAUGUUUCUGAUUGGUUGGUUGAGAAAUACUACAAAACACUA